AAAUGUUGUCACAGAAGCAGCAGAAGAAGAAUAACGAGAAUCAGAAAGCGAAGAACAGUCGGUUUUUGAUCACUGUCAACGUUCUUGGGAGUGCUGGUCCAAUAAGGUUUGUGGUAAAUGAGGAUGGUAACGUUGGUGGGGUAAUUGAUUCAGCUCUAAAACUCUAUGCUCGUGAACGUCGCCUUCCUGUUCUUGGUUCUGAUGCAAAUAGUUUCCUUCUCUAUCCUGCCAAUGCUGGAUCGGAUGCUCUUAGUCCAUCCGAAUCGAUCGGGUCUGGUGGGGGAAGGAACUUUGUACUGUGCAAGAAGCAGAGCCAGCCACAUAUGACAGAAUCGAGGUCGGACUUGGUUAAUGCUCGGAAGAGGAACAGUGGUUGGAAGGCAUGGCUCAAUAAGUCAUUCUCUUUCAAGAUAAUGUCUCACUGAUGAGUUAUAUUAAUAGGUCAAUGGAAAUAUAUAUGUGUCACAGAGUUAAGAGGCUUCUUGAAGCGGUUGAUUAGAUUCCUCAUAGGUCA